AUGCGCCUUCCGCCUCCUGCUGCGCUGGGUUUCCUGUUACUGCUGCUGUCGCUGCUGCCUGCAGCUAAAGUCACCAAGAAAUUGACGCCCUGCGCGAGGUGCCAGGAGCUGGUGGACAAGUUUAAUCAGGGCAUGGUGGACACAGCGAAGAAAAACUUUGGUGGAGGGAACACUGCGUGGGAGGAAAAGUCAUUGUCCAAGUAUGAGUUCAGUGAGGUCCGCCUGGUGGAGAUCCUCGAGGGCCUAUGUGACAGCAGCAACUUCGAGUGCAACCAGAUGCUGGAGGAGCAGGAGGGGCACCUGGAAGCCUGGUGGCUGCAUCUGCAGAAGCAGUCCCCGGAUUUGUUCCAGUGGUUCUGCGUGGAGACGCUGAAGGUCUGCUGUCCUGCUGGGACUUAUGGGCCCGACUGUCUGGCAUGCCCGGGCGGCGCUGAGAGGCCCUGCAGCGGGAACGGCCACUGCAGUGGGGACGGCAGCCGACAGGGGGAUGGGUCCUGCCAGUGCUAUAUGGGGUACCGUGGGGCGCUGUGCAGAGACUGCAUGGACGGCUACUUCAGUGCAGCACGGAACGACACACACAGCGUGUGCACAGUCUGUAAUGAGGCCUGUAAGACGUGCACUGGCCCCAGCAGCGGGGACUGCGCCGAGUGCGAGGUCGGCUGGGCCCGCAAACAGGACACCUGUGUCGACAUAAACGAGUGUGAAGAAGAGGCGUCUCCGUGCAGCGAGAGCCAGUACUGCAAGAACGUCCCUGGCUCCUACACGUGCGAAGAGUGCGACUCGACGUGCGUGGGCUGCACGGGCGAAGGCCCUGGGAGGUGCGUCGCGUGUGUCCCUGGCUACACCAAGGACGAGACUGGCCAGUGCUCAGACAUAGACGAGUGCUCACAGACAGAAAAGCCGUGUGCUCGGGAAAAUGAGAACUGCUACAACACCCCAGGGAGCUUUGUCUGCGUGUGCCCUGAUGGCUACAAGGAGACCGAUGCCGCCUGUGUGCUGACAGCCGAGGGCGAAACACAAGAAGAAAACGCAACACAGCCCCUGCCCCACGAAGACUUAUAA